AUGAGCCGCCAACUCAGCUUGGAUACCUCUCAGAGACAACAGGUUUACUCGUUCAUUGAGACUCCAAUUGAGCUGAAUCCACAUCGACAGCAGCUGCUGCAAGCUGAAAUUACGGAUGCAACUGCAGCCAGACCUGUGGCUCCCGCAACACCGCAGCCCGGAGUGACACGGCAGUCAACAGCAACAAAUGUCGCGACUCAGGAACUCGAGCAGGCACGACAAAUCCACCAGGCCUCGAAUUUGAACAGUCAUGGCCCUUCCAUACACCCUGCCCUAUCCGCACCAUAUGUCGAAGAGUCUCCUGCUUCGGUCACGAUGGAUCCAGCUCUGACCGCACCGCAACAUCCACCGACACCAUAUCGAUCGCCUCCAUCUUCACCAGGCCCGCUACCUGUGAAAGAGCACCCUCGACCAAGCCCGAUUCCCUUCUCGCCCAUCACCCCAGACAUGAACCCACUCCAAUCGCCACUCUCACCGUCCUUUCACACUACUAGGCAAGAUGCCCAACCGAGUAAUGAAUCCUACUCCACGCAUCUCCCUGGCCAAAUUGCCCACCCGAGCCAGAUGAGCAAGGGCGGCGGCUGGAGUACAGGGCUUUGCGAAUGCUCCUCAGACAUCGGGACGUGCUGUUUGGGAUUCACCUGCCCGUGCAUAUUAUAUGGACGGACGCAAUACCGUCUUCUGCGCAAGUCAAGAGGAGAAGAUCCGACGAAUCUUCUAGGAUACGAAAGCUGUAACGGAUCGUGUACCGCUAUCGCGCUUUUAUGUGGCUGCCAAUGGAUAUUGGCAACCAUCCAGCACACGCGCACAAGAAGGGCAUAUGAGAUUGAGGGCAGCAUCUGCUCUGACUGUGUGCGAGCGACGUGCUGCCCGUGCUGCACCUGUAUCCGAAAUGAACGAGAGAUCAAGAAGCGAGAGGAAUCUCGCGCUUAUUCGGCGCAAGUCCAUGGCUCCAAUUUCGUUGUUCCUUAUAUACCUCCUGGACAAAUGCAAUAUCAACCUGGAUCAAGGUGA